AUGCAAAGAGGUCAAGGGCGAGGACGACGAAGAUAUUCACUAUCCAACCGGAGCUCAUCAGGCAGACGGAACCGAUACAACCCACUCUCCACUUCUCAAGGGCGUUCUAGUUCUCACGGCACUUCUUCGCGGCACAGGCGGUCUCCUUCGGUACUUCGACGAUCUGCUCGCAUAGCCGAAUCACUGACCACAAACACCAACAUUACCCACCAAAAUUCUACCUCCCCCAAUCCAAUGGCUGACGUCGCAAGACUCCAGGCGGUAGGCGGUGCCGCACGCUCGUCUUCCAGGCAUCAGAAUGGUCAUACUCCCACACCAAGACGAUCACGAUCUGGUCACUACUCGAAUGAUAUCCAGUACGCCAUGGACUUCAUAGUUCAGCCUCCCCGUUCAGCACGUGUUGGCCACACAAUACCUGGGUCAAUCAUUGUGCGAUUACGGACUACCAACACAUAUCCUGACGACGCUGUUGUAGACUCACCCAACCUCAUGGCAGUCGCAGCUCUUGUCCCCGGUCCAAGUUCCACUGCGUCGUCGGAUCCCAAUGUCCUAAACACACUCUUAGCUGGCCAUCGCAUUGACUCGAUACACCCCUUCGCCGACGAUGAAGCAGAUGGCUCUAUCGCUUCCAUGGACAUGGCCGGCUCUCAAGGUGUUGGUUACAUGCGCUUCCCAGAUCUCGCCGUCCGUCAAGCAGGUACUUACCGGAUACGCAUUACCCUCCUGCGCUUCGGAUCAGCUGUCCAGGUUGUUGACAGCAGCCCUGUUGUAGUUCAGAAUGCUGGACCUGCUACAGCAUAUGCGUCUUACAACGGCAGAUACCCAGUUGCGUCGUACUGA